GAAUAGUUGACGAAGUAGUGGUCAAGUUUGGAUUCGCGAGUGUCGUCUGAGCCUGACAAACUCUCCUUCUUCGAAUUCUCCUCCCAAACUUCCAAUCACAAAAACAACUUCGAACGCUCCGAACAAGAACAACAAACAAAACCCUCUUCUUCUUCUUCUUCUUGUCUUUUCCAUGAUGUCUCUGAAACCGUCUUCCAAUUCGUCGGAGAAUCUCAUGCUUCCGGUAUCGGACCCUCCGAGGGACCAAACCGGAGGAGGAGCAGCGCCGAAGGCCGACGAUAAACUCUUCAAAGGUUCCGCCAUGACCAAACGAGGUGCCUACGCUGCCAUUUCUUACAUGUCCUGCGCAGUUCUCUUGGUGAUAUUCAACAAGGCAGCUCUUUCAUCUUAUGACUUCCCAUCUGCAAAUGUCAUCACACUUCUUCAGAUGGUAUGCUCGUGUUGUUUUCUCUAUUUAUUGAAGCGCUGGAGGAUAAUUUCUUUCGUGGCUGGCGAAUCUUUACUUGUAUCAGAGAACUCAACAAAAUUUGUAUCAUUAAAGACAUUGAAGCACACUUUUCCUCUAGCAGGAGCAUAUUUACUUUACAUGCUAGUCACAAUGGAGUCUGUUCGAGGAGUAAAUGUUCCAAUGUACACCACCCUUAGGAGGACCACAGUGGUCUUUACGAUGCUUGUAGAGUUUGUUCUGGUGGGGCAGAGGUAUACACCCUCUAUCAUUUUCAGUGUUUGCUUGAUUGUCUUUGGUGCAUUUGUUGCGGGAGCACGGGACUUCUCCUUUGAUGCUUAUGGCUACGCCGUUGUUUUUAUGGCAAACAUCACCACAGCAAUAUACCUUGCCACCAUAGCCCGCAUAGGAAAAACUAGUGGUCUUAAUAGCUUUGGCCUUAUGUGGUACAACGGUAUCAUGUGUGGCCCAGCAUUACUCAUCUGGACAUUUAUUCGGGGUGACUUGAAGAUGGCAAUCAAUUUUCCUGAUCUCUUCUCACCUGGUUUUAUUGUUAUUUUGCUAUUUUCAUGCACACUGGCAUUCUUCUUGAAUUACAGCAUUUUUCUGAACACAACUCUAAAUUCAGCUGUGACACAGACAAUUUGUGGUAAUCUGAAGGAUCUAUUUACCAUUGGCCUUGGCUGGAUAAUUUUCGGUGGGCUACCAUUUGAUUUUUGGAAUGUAAUUGGGCAACUUCUUGGUUUUGCGGGAUCUGGUUUAUACGCCUAUUAUAAGCUCGUUGGCAAGUAACUUGGAAAGCCAAUCUUUAAUUAUUUGGUCAUCACUCCAUGAAGGGAGAAGAAUCUGAAUCUAACUCGGGUGUGUGGAACUUGUGAUCAAGCAGUCUAGAUAUUUUGGAAGUUUUGCGGAAUACAAGUUGACAGCAACCAUGUUCUGGGGAAUUAGAAGAGACCUGCAGUCAUGGCUUUAGUUUAUUCAAACCUCUAUUGAUAUGUUAGUAUGUUCACCCUCUCUUUGUAACUGUUAACAAACACUGUAUUUUGAUAACAGAUUAAUCUUAGUUUGAGAGAAUUUUCUAGAGAUAAAAUCUACUGGUUUAUGUCACAA